AAUGAAUGAAUGCGGGGACUCCCUCUGUUUCCUCACUCCAGAUCCACACAAAGAACUCGAGGACUUCCUCCCUCCCCCCCCCUCCGCCGCCAGCCAACCGCUCAGAAAAACUACCCCGAAAAUGUCAACAACACACCAACCCCCACCAACAGAGGAGGAGGUCCCCAAAACAGCCUCACCACCACUCUCCCCAUCCUCCCCAACCGACAAGCAUGCCACCAGCACACCCACCGCCGAUACCGCCAACACGUCGCUCACUGCUGACGAAAAGUUGCCCGAGAAACAGAACACAGCGAGUUUGUUGAUGCCGCCCAGUCCGAGAUCAGUCGUCCCGCCGACCCAUUAUGUCCCGCCGGCGGUUGAGGGCGAUACGCUUAGUGUUGGUGAGAGCGCAGCAACAACAAUCCAACCCCGCCCCUACCCCACCCGCAAAAUCCGCCGCCCAUCCCAAACCAACUCCAUCUGCUCCGAAGUCUCCCGCCUCUCCUACAUAACUCUCCCAGGGUCCGUCAUCGGCGACGACGGUUUCGCCCCCGGCGUGCUGUUCGAGUACUUCAAGGGCGAGUUCACCGGUCUUCCCGAUUUCAAUACCCUGCAAGCACAUUCGGCCGGCGUGAUGAAGAGUAUUGCGGUGGAUGGGGAGACUGAGAGGGAGGUGUUUGAUCACGGGUUGAAGAGGGCGAGGCCGACCGAAGUGGGAAACUUUGCGGUGCGGUACACGGCCCAAGUGAAGAUCCCACACGCGGGUCCAUGGACAUUCUACCUCGCCUCAAACGACGGAGCAGCCCUCUACAUCUCAGGCAAAAAAGUGAUCGAGAACGACGGCUCGCACUAUGUAACCGAGAAAGAAGGAUCGAUCAAGAUCCCCGCACCGGGUUACUACACCUUCAGCGUGUGGUAUUUCCACAAGAACGGGAAAAUGAUGGAGGGUGUGCGGACCGGCGCGUACCUGACACUAUCCUACUACUUUGCCGGGUCCGGAUGGCUCCCCUUCCCCACCGACCGUGUAUCCAAACAAGUCAUCCCGGACUCCGCUUACGUGCAUAACCCGGCCGACGAGCGUGUUGUGAGGAUAUUGGAUGCUAGUCGGGCUUUGACCUGGGACUUACCCGACGCGACGGAAGACGCCGAAACCACCAUCGCGAACCUCGAAAAGGACCUGCGGGAUAUCUCCGACCGCCUCAUCACACUCCAAACGGCCCUGGAGCACUCCCGCCGGCACACCGCGACCCUUGUCCGCGCGCUCGCUACCCAACGACUGUUCCGCCCAACCGAGCAAAUCCUCGCGGACUUGGACACGAGACAGGGGGAGGAUGAGUGGGAACUGUUGCAUGCGCGGCAGAAAGAGUUUGUGGAACAGCAUGUGGGGGAUGUGGCGAGAUUGAAGACGGGGUACUUUUUUGCGUUGGGCGUGCAUUAUAAGCUGCAGAAGGGGUGUUUUGGGUUCAGUAUACAGGUAUGAAGCGGGGCGCGCGACCAGUGAAGCCCUUCGAAGCUUGUCGUUGUUUGAGGUUCUGAUUUAGUGUAUUUUUUAUGUUUUUUUUUGUUCAGGAUGCGUUUGAACAAUGCAC